AUGGGCAACAGCCUGAAGGCCGUCGUGGCUUUUGUGCCUUCGAAGGGGUGCCAGAAGUACCUGCUGGAGGACCUGGAAGAGAUGCCCGUGGAUAAAGUGGUGGACCUGAGCGGCAGGCAGCUGCGAAGGCUCCCUCUGCACAUCUGCUCUUUCAGGGAGCUGGUCAAGCUCUACCUGAGCGACAACAACCUCAGCUACCUGCCGGCCGAGCUGGAGCAGCUGCAAAACCUGCAGCUCCUGGCGCUGGACUUCAACCACUUCAAGGCGCUGCCGCCGGCGGUGUGCGCGCUGCGGCAGCUCGGCGUCCUCUACCUGGGCAACAACCGGCUCUGCAGCCUGCCCGCCGAGCUCCGGCUCCUGCGCAACCUCCGCGCGCUCUGGCUCGAGGGCAACCGCCUGCCGCGGCUGCCCGCCGUGGUGUGCGAGCUGCGCCUGCUCAGGACGCUGCACGCCGGCUGCAACGCGCUGCGCGGGCUGCCCGCGGCGCUGCGCGGCCUGCGCGAGCUGCGCACGCUCUGGCUCUCGGGCAACCUGCUCUCCGAGUUCCCGCCGGUGCUGCUGCACAUGCCCUGGCUCGAGGUGAUCGACGUGGACCGCAACGGCAUCCGCUGCUUCCCCAGCCUGGCCCACCUGCCCGGCCUCAAGCUGGUCAUCUACGACCACAACCCGUGCCGCAACGCGCCCAAGGUGGCGCGYGGGGUGCGCAGGGUGGGCAGGUGGGCCGAGGAGAGCCCCGAGCCCCGCAAGCGCUCCGGGGCGCUCGUGSACGUGGCGCCCGAGGGGCUGCUGCCGCUGCCGCCCGCCGGAGACAAGGACGAGCGGGAGGAGGAGCCCAGCUGA